AUGGAGGAGGCGAAAAAGCGAAAAGUCAAAAGGGGAAAAAGUGGCGUUCGAGGAACGGGAAUAAUGGCGAAGGUGGGCGGGGUUGCGAGGUGUCUGUACACUCCGUCGCGCGCGCGAAAAAGCGGGAAACUUGCACGAAAACGAACACUUUUUGGCGUUUAG